AUGGCCCCUAAGUUCCUGAAAGGGGUGACAGGAGAGAAGCUGCAAGCGAAUGAGUGGGCUCCCGAGGGAAAUGAAGCGAAGGAGGAUCUGAACUUUGGGAAAUCCUCAGGACCCAGGAGGACUUCUUGGCAGGACAAAGCCAAGGUGAAACUCCUCCUACUUCUGGCUCUUCUAUUUGGGGCAGUUUCAGCUCUUCAUCUGAGGACUGAAACAUCCAAGUUUGAGAGCCCCUUGGGAGAUGAGACCCUGCCUCAGGAUGGGGAGAUGCCAGAACAUGAGGCAAUGGAGGCUCCUGUGGAGGGACUGAUGCUGCCAGAGGAAGAGGAGGAAGGGUGCUCUGGAAGUGAAGACGCCCCUGAGGAAGAGGAGGCUGUCAAGUCUGCCUCUGCCCUAGGUGAGGUGUACGAGGACUUUCAGUGUCCUAAGGAAGAGGAGACAGUAAAACUGGUGGGCAUCCCUGGAUACAAAACCAGCUGCUUUCUUGUAGUUAGUACGCCUAUGAUGUAUAACCAAGCUCAGCAUACUUGCCAGACGAAGUACUGGGGCAACCUCAUUUCCAUCCAUGACAUCCACUUUAACUACUGUAUCUGGCACUCAGUCAAAGACAUCAACCAGGGUCAAGUCUGGAUUGGAGGCUCCAUCGCAGGCUCGGGUCACUCCAGGCAGUUUUACUGGAUGGACGGCAGUGCUUGGAACUUUUGGUACUGGGCUCCCAGACAACCUUCUACCCAUACUGGCAACUGUGUGUCCUUGGAUACCCAUGGAGGCUACUGGAGCCUAAAUCAGUGCAACAGGUUGCUCCCGUUCAUCUGUUCCUACUGA